AUGGUGUCGACGGCUGGAGGCAUCGUCAUUGCCAUCUUUGUGCUGCUGAUUGCAGCUGCUGUCGGAUGGGUCGUCUUUACACAGCUGCGCGCCCGCAGACUUGGGCUUCCUCCCCCGAGCCUUAAGUCAUACCUACCAUGGCAUAAAGAGGAAAGUCCGUACGGGCCGCCGCGACCUGCGCCCGGCGGCAUCGUCGGCUGGUUCAACGACCAGGUCCGCAAGUUCAAGAACCGCAACAACCGGUCCGCCGCCGGCGCCUACGAGCAGAGCCUCGGCGGCGGUGCGCCCCGCGGACGUCGUGGGUUCGGACCCCUCGAUCCCGAUGAGGCCUGGGACACACGCGUCGGUCAUGAGGCGGAUGCGUACGGAUACUACGAGGAGGAUGUUGGUGGUCGGGGCCGGGAUACCGGGUACGGCGGAAGCAGUGGUGGAGGCUACAACAUGAACCUCGCGGCUACGCCGGGGCUUUCGGGAGGACGAUUCGACGACGAGGAGGACCGAGGCCGAAGAGCGAGCAGGAGCCCUGCGUCCGGACCUGGUGGGCGAAACCCUUUUGACGACGACGCCGGCUCGAGCCUGCGGGGAGUCAGCCCGCGACCGAUCGACACGGGUGUCCCGUCGUCGAAGCCCAAGAACAGGAGUGGCAGCGCAGACAGCAGCCCGACAGAGCGGAGGUCUGUGUUUAGGGAGGAGGUGUAG